CAAACUGCAUGGGCCAUUUCCUCUGGUGGUCACAUUAGCGAAACACGAUGGAUUUGCAUGACCGAGAGGAGGGAUGGUUGGUCGCCGUAAAUAGUCGAACUUGGAGCUAGAAGCUCAUCUCAUGUCUAAUUGUCGUAUCUAAACAGAUUUCGCUUUUAGUCUUUCUCAAGCCCACAUUGUUUUUUUCAAUGAUGGAGGACGACGAUUUAGUGUGCGAGUAUGAUUCAACCUGGGACACAGAGAGUGAUGAUGGAGACGACCCAGGAGAGAACCAAAUGCGUCUUUUAAACCAGGACAAAACUAAAUCGUAUUGGAAAUCAGGUUUAGUCAGUCUUUUUAGGUACACAAAGGGACAAAUAAUGCCAAUAGAUUUCUGCAAAUGUAACAUCCAGUAUCUCUGAUGUACCAUGUCUUCCAGUGGUCAAACAUGUCCUCCAGAAACACGAGGGCUGCGAAGGACAUGCAGAACUACAGACGAGAGUAUCCUAAUCUAACAGAUGAAUGCUCAGGAGAAAGAAUGUUUAAUUUAAAAUUCUAUCUCAAUGAAUACCCCGCCUCCCCUGAUGUUGUUUCCACUGUGGGAGCCUGGAGUGAACUACAUGGCCUCUGAGCUCACCAAGAAGGAGAUCCUGGCCUUCUGGGAGAGUGAGGAGGCCAAGAAGAGGCUGGUAGAGUCCUACGAGUUCAUGUUGCGGUUCUAUGGCAUCCAGCUGGUCAAUAAAGACACAGGCGAGGUCAAACGUGCCGAUAACUGGAAGGAACGCUUCACCAACCUUGAACGGAACAUGCACAAUAACCUCCGCAUCACGCGCAUCCUGAAGAGCCUGGGGGAGCUAGGCUUGGAGCAUUACCAGAGUCCACUGGUGCGCUUUUUCCUGGAGGAGACGCUGGUCAAAAAGAACCUGAGUAGCAUCAAGCGCAGCGUGUUUGACUACUUCCUGUUUGCAGUGCGCGACAAGCAGAAGCGCAAAGAGCUGCUGCGCUACGCCUUCCAGCACUUCGAGCCCAAGGACAAGUUUGUGUGGUGCCCCCGAAAGAUCCAGAAACAGCUGAAGAAGGCAGAGAAGGGAAACAGAGAGGGAGCGGAUGAGGGCUGCACAUGAGCC